AUGACAACUACUAAAGAUACCCAGGUUCAGGGGGAGACUCUGCACCUGGAGGACAGCUGGAGUAAUAUUGGCAACGCGAAUACGGCCGGACUAUCGAAAGAUCUUGGACUCAGCAGUCUUCAGUUCUCUUGGGUUCUGUAUUCGUUCUACAUCUGCUAUGUCUUGUUCGAAUGGACAACAGUGUUGUGGAAGGUCUUACCGGCCCAUAUCUACAUUGCCGUUCUGUGCGUUUGCUGGGGUAUCACUGCAAUGUGUGCUGGCACGGUUCACAAUAUGGCGGGACUCGUUGUUGAUCGAUGCUUUCUCGGCAUUUUCGAAGCCGCAUUUGGUGCAGGUGCUCCAUACUUCCUUUCGCUUUUCUACCAUCGACGUGAAUUGGGAUUUCGAGUGUCUAUUCUAUUGGGUACAUCACCCCUAGCAAACUGCUUUGCAAGUGCUCUUGCAUACGGCAUCACACAGAUCAAGCAUUCAAUCGCGCCGUGGAGACUUCUUUUCCUCAUCGAGGGCGCGCCCACUAUUCUUUUUGCGCCUGUAGUGUUCUUCUUCCUCCCAGACUCCCCUGAUACCGCCAAAUUCCUUACCGAAGAUGAGCGUACUGAAGCCGUUGAGAGGCUACAAAUCAUUGAUACAACACGGAAACAACAAGUCGAGUGGACUCAAGUCUUGAGUGGACUUACCGAUUAUAAGAACUAUGUUCACAUGGCCAUACAUUUCUGCUGCAAUUACUCAUUUGCGGGAUUGUCUAACUUCCUGCCAACUAUUAUCAUGGACAUGGGCUUCUCCAGCGUAAGAGCCCAGGGACUUACCGCCCCUCCGUAUCUUGCUGCAUUUUUAUGCUGUAUUGGGGCAGCAUUCGUUUCUGAUAGAUUCGGUGUACGAGGUUAUAUCAUCAGCGCGUUUGGUUGCAUGGGAACCAUAGGUUAUGUUCUCUUGGUAGCCCUUCAAGACCAGACGCAGACCGGUCCUCGGUACCUGGGUGUUUGGCUCGCUACUUGUGGCAUAUUUCCCGCACUGGCGCUGAACAUCACUUGGCUUCUGAACAAUCAGGGAGGUGACUCCAAGCGAGGUAGCGGAAUGGCAGUUUUAGCUAUCUUGGGACAAUGCUCCAGUUUUGUAAGUAGUUCUGUGUUUCCAAAGGAAGAUGGUCCCACCUACGUCAAGGGCUGUGCUAUCGGAUGUGCUUUUACUGGCAUGGUCGUCAUCUUGUCUCUGGGUCUGCACUUCAAGUUGGAGCAUGAGAAUCGGAAGAGAGACAGGCAAUAUGGUGUAGUUGAUGAGGAUGCUCGGAUUGAUGUCACAGACGGUGGUGACUAUAACCCGAGAUUCCGCUAUCUUACCUGA